CUGAUGACUACACCUGCCAUGUUUUAAUUCAUCUCCAGCAGCAGCGCGCAUUACGAGCAGUGCCGCCUUACAUAACGCCUGCAUUUUUAUUUGAUCUCACACAUGAUAGUGAGACGUCGCGGGAUAUUCUGCGGACACGGACGCUAUCGGAGGGUGAUCCAGAAUGAACAGGGCUGUUGCCACCUGCUGGAUAUUUCUCCUGCUUUCGGCAUUCCUGUGCGAUCAGGUGAUAUCCAAAGGUGGCAGGGGAGGAGCCAGGGGUUCAGCACGGGGCAGCGCUCGAGGAGGCCGGACGUCCCGCACCCGUGGCUCCCCCGCUGUGAGGGUGGCAGGGGCGGCGGCGGCCGGGGCUGCGGUGGCGCUGGGAGCCGGAGGGUGGUACGCGUCGGCCCAGCGUCGACCGGAUGACAGCUCGGAGCAUGGAGAUGAUUCCUACAGUAACAGAACAGACUGGGAGCUCUACCUCUCCAGGACAUCAAACGCAAUAGCGCACGACUCCGCUGCCACUAGAUUUUCUGCCUUGCUCUUACCAAUAAACUUUGUGAUGUACUUUGCCCCUUGAUGCGGUUUAAGACGGUUUGGCACAGCUUAAUAAGCUGCUCAUGUAUGUUACUGUGCAACACCGAUGUUUAAUAAUGUGUACUUUAUUGCACAACAAAGCAGAUACGAAGAUGAAAGGAGGAUUUAAAACAUCUCUAUUUAGUUUAGUAGACAUAUAGGUUCUGAAAGGUUAGUUUGCUUCAACAGAAGCAUUAGUAUCUAUACAACUAUAGACUACUUAAAUUAUGCUGGUCACAUCAUGUACUGGAUGGCAAAAAUACUGUGUUAUUGUUGUGCUGCUGCACUGUUGGUAAAACUCCACUGUUCUUGACAUUCGCGUAAACCUUUUUUAUAUGAACCUUUGUAUGUUCAAUAAUAUUUAUGUUCACGUUUAACUAAUAAGUGUAUGUAGAUCGAAGAGGUAUGCUGUAACACAUUUAGAAUUAGAAAACAGUAUUUCUAGCUGUACCCGUACUCCCCAUUGCUUCCGGUGUGAAAAUGUCCUCUUUCUACAUCAUUUAUAAAUGACUUGAUGUAUUUAAACAAUUUUGUAUUUCCAGUAGAGAUUUUUGAUAACCCACGAAAAAUGUGAAUGCGGUGUGUAUUAAGUGCACAGGUGUUUUAAGAAAUUAAAGAGGUUUUAUUUAUAUACGUGUUAA